AUGUCUAUCAUUUUCAAUGCCCUCCCCUCCCACCGCCUAUCUCUGAAUUCGGCGAUUGAGCAGGCUAUCUCUCAGCGCUCAACCCAGCGCUCACCAUCUCAAUUUGAGAUCAUCGAGCAGCAGAUGCUAGCUGAGAACCAGGAAGUUGAGGUAUCACGGGCGACUUCGCAGGCAUCUCAGGCAUCUCAGGCAUCGGCGGCAUCGGCGGCACGGGGGGCAGGGUGGGAAGCUUCGGAGGAUGAAGGGCCAAGAAGAUCAGGCCGGGCGCCUAGGCCAAAGAGGAGAAGAACGGAUGAGACAACUCAGGGUGAAACCACAGAAACAGAUCAUUAA